GCAGCCGUACUCAAACGUGGAGACUUGGCAGCUCGGUCUGACGGAGGCGAGCCGGCACGGUGUGGGCCCGUACAAAGUGUCGCCGGAGAUACGCCUCUGAGCUGAGAGGGAGGGACAAGGAGGGGAGGGGCAGGUUUUGCUUGUCCCACCUUGAAGGGCCGGGAAAAGCCUUAGUGCGGCCAGGUGCUAGUGUUCCCGCGCUCGCACUCGGAGGGAAGGUGGGAAGCCAGGAAAGAAGGAGGGUAAGAGUGAUGGAGAAGUGAAAGGCGAAGGGCAAACCCCGGCGGGAGGGGACGAGCUCGGGGACGCCUUGGGCACCCUGAGGACUUCAUCUCAGUCGGGAGACCACGCGGCGUGCCGGAGCCCUGGCGAGAAGGUCACCCUGGACAUGUUACUUGGUGGAGAAGAAAAACUGUGAAAACUUGGUUGAGAGCCAGGUAGUAGCCACUGGCCUGCCAUUGCCCAGCUAAGUGGCAGCCCAGAACCCAGGAGCAGCAAGUGGCUACAGGUCAUAGAGGACAUGAAUGUGGGGGUGACCUCCCCCGCGCCCCUCCCCACAGCCUCAGACCCAAGCACGGUAAAAUCUGCCUUCUCCCUUGUGGACUACAUGGUCUUCAUCCUGCUGCUGGUUCUCUCCCUUGUCAUUGGGCUCUACCAUGCCUGUCGUGGCUGGGGCCGGCACACCAUUGGUCAGCUGCAGAUGGCCAACCGCAAAAUGACCUGCCUUCCUGUGGCACUGUCCCUGCUGGCCACUUUCCAGUCAGCUGUGGCCAUCCUGGGUGUGCCGUCUGAGAUCUACCAAUAUGGGACCCAGUAUUGGUUCCUGGGCUGCUCGUAUUUCCUGGGGCUGCUGAUCCCUGCACACAUCUUCAUCCCUGUCUUCUACCGCCUGCAUCUCACCAGUGCCUAUGAGUACCUGGAGCUCCGAUUCAAUAAAACUGUGCGAGUUUGUGGGACCUUGACUUUCAUCUUUCAGAUGGUGAUCUACAUGGGGGUUGUGCUCUAUGCACCGUCGUUGGCCCUCAAUGCAGUGACUGGCUUUGAUCUGUGGCUCUCAGUGCUGACCCUAGGCAUUGUCUGUACCAUCUACACUGCCCUGGGUGGGCUGAAAGCAGUCAUCUGGACAGAUGUGUUCCAGACACUGGUCAUGUUCCUAGGGCAGCUGGCGGUUAUCAUCGUGGGGUCAGCCAAGGUGGGCGGCUUGGGGCAUGUGUGGGAUUUGGCUUCCAAGCACGGCCUCAUCUCUGGAAUCAAGCUAGACCCAGACCCUUUUGUGCGGCAUACUUUCUGGACCUUGGCCUUUGGGGGUGUCUUCAUGAUGCUGUCCUUGUACGGGGUGAACCAGGCUCAGGUGCAGCGCUACCUCAGCUCCCGCACGGAGAAGGCUGCUGUACUCUCCUGCUAUGCGGUCUUCCCCUGCCAGCAGGUGGUCCUCUGCAUGGGCUGCCUCAUCGGCCUGGUCAUGUACACCUACUACCAGGAGUAUCCCAUGAGCACUGAGCAGAGUCAGGCAGCCCCCGACCAGUUUGUCCUGUAUUUCGUGAUGGAUCUCCUGAAAGGCCUGCCGGGCCUGCCUGGGCUCUUCGUUGCCUGCCUCUUCAGUGGCUCCCUCAGCACCAUAUCCUCUGCCUUUAAUUCAUUGGCAACCGUUACAAUGGAAGACCUGAUUCGACCCUCGUUCCCUCGGUUCUCAGAAGUGCGGGCUACCAUGCUUUCCAGAAUCCUUGCCUUUAGCUACGGGCUACUUUGCCUGGGAAUGGCCUACGUUUCCUCCCAGAUGGGACCAGUGCUGCAGGCGGCCAUCAGCAUCUUCGGCAUGAUCGGGGGGCCGCUGCUGGGACUCUUCUGCCUCGGGAUGUUCUUUCCUUGUGCCAACCCUCCUGGCGCCAUUGUGGGCCUGGUAGGUGGCCUCAUCAUGGCUUUCUGGAUCGGCAUUGGGAGCAUAGUGACCAGAGCAGGCUCCAGCAUGGCACUCUCACCAUCUAAUGGAUCCAGCUUGUCCCCGUCCGGCAAUCUGUCCACCAUCACCAUGACCACACUGAUGCCCUCAACCACCCUCUCCAGGGCCACGGGGCUACAGCGGUUCUAUUCCCUGUCGUAUUUAUGGUACAGCGCUCACAACUCCACCACGGUCAUCGUGGUGGGUCUGAUUGUCAGUCUCCUCACUGGGGGAAUGCGGGGCCGGACCCUGGACCCUCGGACCAUCUACCCAGUGCUGCCAAGACUCUGUGCCCUCCUGCCUGUGUCCUGUCGGAAGCGACUUCACUACAAAAGCUACAGCCAGGACCCCGCUGUGGACGCCACAGGGUUCCCGGAGAAGAUGAGCAAUGGGAUGCUGCAGGGCUGUGGGGACAAGGAGGCCAUGGCCGUGCCUGAGGAAGGCCCAGUCUGCAAGGGGAGCAGCCCCACCUUCACCCUCCAGGAGACCCCACUGUGACCUGGACUCAGGAACCGGCCCUUGUCUAAGAUGUGGUCAGGGCGGAGCUAGUUGAUGUAUUCUGCAGGGACUGGAUGACCUCGCUGAUACCAAAGGACCUUGUGCUUAGGGGUCUGUGCUGCAGUCGAAGCUUCCAGGGCACAGAAGGUAUGAGGAUAGGACAGACUUUGCCAGUAAAGAGGAUGGUAGGGGAUCCCCUGGGAAAAUGAGAGUGGCUUCUGAUUGAACUCCACCAAGCUCUUUGAAGUGGAUGGAAAAACCACAGUGCAGGUUUCAGCUGCCGCGGGGCCUGGUCUGACAAGGUUGACCACCUCUACCGUAAACUAGCUGUUGCUUCCCUUGCAGUCUCACCUAAGUGCAGAUUCUGUCUGCCACUAGGGGCCUCUGUGACCCUUACGUUCAGGUUGUCUGUGACACCCAGGCCCCCUCAUUCUUACCUGUCUACCUCCAUUUUUCAGAGGGAGGUUUUGGUGUUCCUGGGAGGCCUUUUGGAGUAGACAAAUACAUUCAUCUCCUUUGUGUCGAGUAGGGGAAGCUUUCCACCUCACUGUCCCAGCCCCACCUCUAAUGGGCACCUGGGGGUGGGCAGAUGUUGGCCUAAGAAACCAGGCAUGACCAGGCACACUGUGGAAUGUCCAUCUUGACUUCUGAGCCAUGCCACCCUGGUAUCAUUUUGUCCUUUGUGCUCCUGUUAAUGUGUGGAGUUUCUCCCCUGAAUAUCUUUGUUCCUAGGGAAUAAAAACUAACAUCAAAACUAGAAUCUGGGCUCCUGUACUGCCUGCAGCUGUUCUCGUCCACCCCAGCCCCGUUCCUGGAGAGGCCAAGAGCCCUCAUUUCCCAUACGCAGAUCUGCUGAGGAGAAAUAAGAGUGUCUGGCUGUGGUGUUUAAAGUCAUAUCCCUGGUGUGACUGCAGGGGGCAGCAUUGUGCUCAUCAGGAUGAAAGAUGUGUCCUCUCUCCACUUGCUGCUUCUCCUCCCCUGUGGCUCGGUCUGUCCCCUGUUGAGUCCCAGGAAUGAAGCAACAAGGGGAGAGAAUGCAUUUCUUCACCUGCUGCUCUGAGAUUUUCACUUUUGAGGGUAGAAGAAGAAUGCUGCUAUUUGCUUUUACAAGUAGAGUAUCAAUCCCUGGCUGGUGUGACUAGAUGGAUUGAGUGAUGGCCUGCAAGCCAAGGGGUUGCUGGUUCGACCCCAGUUGGGGCACAUGCCUGGGUUGCAGGCCAGGUCCCAGGUUGGGGACGUGUGAGAGGCAAUCGGUCCAUGUAUCUCUUGCACACUGCUGUUCCCCCUCUCUCCCUCCCUUCACUUCUCUCUAAAAUAAAAUCUCCAAUUACAGUUUA